AAUUGUGGUUUCCUCCGGAGAGGAGGAACUCAGGCUUGCCAACCCCAUCCCUGGGCUUCGGAGCCUCAGCUUCUCUGGCAUGGAGAGUGUGGUGCAGCCUUCAGUGUUUGUGGUGGAUGGACAGACGGACAUCCCAUUCAGGUCGCUGGGACAGAACCACCGGAGACGGCACUGCGGCACCGUCCAGGUCAUCCUGGCCCUGGUGCUGCUGCUAGGUGCUGGGCUGGCCACUCAGGGCUGGUUUCUCCUGAGACUGCAUCAGCGUCUUGGGGACAUAGUGGCUCAUCUGCCAGAUGGAGGUAAAGGCUCCUGGGAGAAGCUGAUACAAGAUCAACGAUCUCAGCAGGCCAACCCAGCAGCACAUCUUACAGGAGCCAACGCCAGCUUGAUAGGCAUUGGUGGACCUCUGUUAUGGGAGACACGACUUGGCCUGGCCUUCUUGAGGGGCCUGACGUAUCAUGAUGGGGCCCUGGUGACCACGGAGCCCGGCUACUACUAUGUGUACUCCAAAGUGCAGCUGAGCGGCGUGGGCUGCCCUCAGGGGCUGGCCAAUGGCCUCCCCAUCACUCAUGGACUGUACAAGCGCACGUCCCGCUACCCCAAGGAGUUAGAACUGCUGGUCAGCCGGCGGUCACCCUGUGGCCGGGCCAACAGUUCCCGAGUCUGGUGGGACAGCAGCUUCCUGGGCGGCGUGGUACAUCUGGAGGCCGGGGAAGAGGUGGUGGUCCGCGUGCCUGGAAACCGCCUGGUCAGACCACGUGACGGCACCAGGUCCUAUUUCGGAGCGUUCAUGGUCUGAAAGCUGCGGUGACAAUGUAUUUUGUGGAGGGACCCUCUCCAGGACUCACCUCAAACCCAGCAACAGGGUUUGAAGUCCUCCCUUUAAGGAGCCCUGAACUCUGCCGAUGGAGUGCUCGGGACGGUGUAGACUGUUGACCUGCUUUGGGCAAUCUUCAAAUCAGAGACCUGGAGACUUGGGGUGUGGAGCCCAGGAGCGCAGGGUCAGCCCAUUUGCCUGAUAUUCAGGAAGAAAGAAUAAAGCUGGGGUAUUUAUGAUUCUGAUGCAAACACUGAGAUUUGGGCUUUCUGGGUUUUGAGCUGGAGGCAAGAAACCUUCCCAGAGUGUCAUCAGGACCGUGUCUGCAGGACUUCGGGGCUCCAGACUUGCCACCACACACUGGCCUCUCCCAUCCAUCCACUGCAUUGGUUUCCAGCCACCAAAACAGCACAGGCUGCGACUGGCCAGGUACCAGUUUCUGAGCACCUACAUCCCUCAGGGACAUCUUGUUGGGAUCAGGGGGACAGACAUGUCAGGAAUGGUUGGCCAGAAGGGAAGGGAGGAAAGAAGGGAAUGGGGAAGAGAAGGAGGGAAAUAAGACAAAAACAAAACAAAAAAGCAAGGGCUAAAGCGGCAGGAAGGAGGCGACACUCUUGAGGGCACUGUACUCAACACACUUAGAACAGACUGUGCCAGGCCUGUUGGAUUCUUGGAGUUGAUGGGAUUGUGGGAAGGCACAAUGGGGAACCAGUGGGCUUGGGUUAUGUCUCAG